CGGGGGCGGGCGGGCGGCUGGACGGCGGCCGGACCCUGAUCUGAAGCCGGAGCGGCGGCGGCCGCGAAGCACGGGCGCCAGCAUAAUAGGAUGAGGCAGCCAGCGGAUCCGGGAGCCUGAGCCCUUGUGAAGUGGCAAUGACAAGUCUGAAUGGUCGCCAUGCUGAGAAAACCAUUGACAUGCCAAAACCAUCAGCCCCCAAAGUGCACGUGCAGAGGUCCGUGUCCCGAGACACCAUUGCCAUUCACUACUCAGCAUCUGGGGAGGAGGAGGAGGAAGAGGAGGAGGAGUUCAGGGAGUACUUUGAGGAGGGGCUGGACGACCAAAGCAUUGUAACUGGGCUCGAGGCCAAGGAAGACCUGUAUCUUGAGCCCCAUGGUGGCCAUGACCCCGCUGGCCCUGCUGCCUCACCCAUACUGGCAGAUGGACUGCCCGUGUCCGAGAACACUGUAAAGCUGCUGGAGUCCCCUCCUCUGGCAGCGCAAGUAUUAAGUACAGUGCCAUUGACUUUGUCCCCAGGGUCGUCUUCAUCGGGGCCCUUAGCUAGCUCUCCCAGUGUGUCAUCCCUCUCUGAGCAGAAAACCAGUUCUUCCUCCCCCUUGUCCUCUCCUUCCAAGUCUCCUCCUGUGCUCUCAUCCAGUGCCUCAUCCUCCGCCCUUUCCAGCGCAAAACCCUUCAUGAGCCUUGUGAAAUCCCUGUCGAUCGAGGUGGAGCCAAAAGAAUCCCUACACCCCCCAAGGCACAGGCACUUGAUGAAGACAUUAGUCAAGUCUCUGUCCACAGACACUUCAAGGCAGGAGUCGGAUACUGUGUCCUAUAAGCCACCUGACUCCAAACUGAAUUUGCACCUGUUCAAGCAGUUCACACAGCCACGAAACACAAGUGGAGAUUCCAAAACUGCACCUUCUUCCCCACUGACUUCUCCCUCUGAUACUCGCUCCUUUUUUAAAGUGCCCGAAAUGGAGGCUAAAAUUGAAGACACUAAACGACGCCUUUCAGAAGUCAUAUAUGAGCCUUUUCAGCUCCUUAGUAAAAUUAUGGGGGAAGAAAGUGGCAGCCAUAGGCCCAAAGCCUUAUCUUCAAGUGCUUCAGAACUCUCCAAUAUGUCCAGCUUGAACGGACACUUGGAAAGCAAUAACAACUACAGCAUCAAGGAGGAGGAGUGUGAUUCUGAGGGCGAUGGCUACGGAAGCGAUUCCAGCAUCCCCAGAAGUGACCAGCCGAAGUCCACCGAUGAGCCCACCAGAGAGGGAGAGCUGAAGAGCUCCCAGGUGAGCAAUCUGAAAGAUUUAGGCCCGAAGACAAGUUCUCUAGUUCUUGAGAAAUGUUCUUUGUCUGCCUUGGUGAGCAAAGAAGAUGAAGAGUUUUGUGAACUGUACACUGAGGACUUUGACUUGGAGAUGGAGGGGGAGAGUAAGGUUGAUAAGCCCCCAGAUCUCCCUCUCAAGCCAGAGGUUCUUGCCAAUGAUGGUACAGCUGUAGACAGUGACUACGAGGCAGACUCAGCCGUGCAGCACCAGGAAUUACCAGUGAAGACGUUGGGCUUCUUUAUACUGUGUGUCUAUGCAUACCUCAUCCUCCCCCUCCCCCACUAUGUGAGUGGACUCUUUCUGGGAAUCGGCCUUGGAUUCAUGACUGCAGUUUUCAUGAUUUGGUUUUUUACACCACCAAGUGCUCAUAAAUAUCACAAGUUACUUAAAAAUCUGCAGCACUGGAACACAAAAUCUCUGGAUAUUAAAGAACCUGAAAUACUUAAGGGAUGGAUGAAUGAGAUUUACAGCUAUGAUCCAGAAACUUACCAUGCGACUUUGACACAUUCAGUCUUUGUUCGACUCGAGGGCAGAAUCUUAAGACUUUCAAAGCCCAAUAAGAAUAUAUCCAGGAGGGCAAGCUACAAUGAAACCAAGCCAGAGGUUACCUACAUCAGUCAGAAAAUCUAUGACCUCACGGACAGCAAGAUUUACCUUGUACCUAAAAGUUUGGCUCGAAAACGAGUCUGGAAUAAAAAGUACCCCAUUUGUAUCGAGCUUGGUCGUCAAGAAGACUUUAUGUCUAAGGCUCAGACUGAUAAGGAGACUGUGGAAGAAAAGCUACCGGCUGAGGGAAGCGAGGACCCUAAGAAGCCACCUGUCCCCCAAGAGGGAACAAGAUAUGGCCAGCGAGAUCAGAUAUUGUAUCUCUUUGGGAGAACUGGCCGAGAAAAAGAGGAGUGGUUUAGGAGAUUUAUUCUGGCAUCUAAACUGAAGUCGGAAAUACAGAAGCCACCUAAUGUCUCUGGAAGUAAACCAGGACUUUUGCCUGCACACAGCAGACACAGCAGUCCCUCAGGGCACCUGACCCAUAGCCGCAGCAGCAGCAAAGGGAGCGUGGAGGAGAUCAUGUCCCAGCCCAAGCAGAAGGAGCUGGUGGGCAGUGUGCGGCAGAAGAUGCUUCUAGACUACAGCGUGUACAUGGGGAGGUGUGUCCCCCAGGAAAACCGAAGCCCCCAGAGAAGUCCCGUGCAGAGUGCGGAGAGCAGCCCCACGGCUGGGAAGAAGUUGCCAGAGGCUCUACCCUCUGAGGAAGAAGAACAGGAAGCCUGGGUGAAUGCCUUGCUUGGAAGAAUAUUUUGGGACUUCUUAGGAGAGAAAUACUGGUCUGAUCUAGUGUCUAAAAAGAUCCAAAUGAAACUCAGCAAAAUAAAGCUCCCCUACUUUAUGAAUGAGCUAACUCUGACGGAACUUGACAUGGGGGUGGCUGUGCCAAAAAUCCUUCAGGCCUUCAAGCCUUAUGUUGAUCACCAAGGACUCUGGAUCGAUUUGGAAAUGUCCUACAAUGGGUCCUUUCUGAUGACUCUCGAGACCAAAAUGAAUUUGACCAAACUAGGUAAAGAGCCUCUUGUUGAAGCCCUGAAGGUUGGAGAAAUUGGCAAAGAAGGUUGCAGGCCGAGGGCAUACUGUCUGGCCGACAGCGAUGAGGAGUCCUCCAGCGCGGGCUCCUCCGAUGAAGACGACGCCCCAGAGCCCAGUGCAGGAGACAAGCAGCUCCUCCCAGGGGCUGAAAGUUACGUGGGAGGUCAUCGAACAAGUAAGAUUAUGAGGUUUGUUGAUAAAAUUACCAAGUCAAAAUAUUUCCAAAAAGCAACGGAGACAGAGUUCAUUAAAAAGAAGAUUGAAGAAGUCUCCAAUACACCCCUGCUGCUAACUGUUGAGGUACAAGAAUGUAAAGGAACCUUGGCGGUCAACAUCCCACCACCCCCGACUGACCGAAUAUGGUACGGUUUCCGGAAGCCACCAUAUGUGGAGCUGAAAGCUCGGCCAAAACUUGGAGAGAGAGAAGUGACUUUAGUUCAUGUGACAGACUGGAUAGAGAAGAAACUGGAGCAAGAGUUUCAGAAAGUUUUUGUCAUGCCAAACAUGGACGAUGUUUAUAUCCCUAUAAUGCACUCAGCCAUGGACCCUCGCUCCACUUCCUGCCUCCUGAAAGACCAACUCGUGGAGGCUGCUGAUCAGCCAUGAUGGGUGGAGAUCAGACAUUCCCGGUAUCAUGAGAUCUUGCUUGAGGUGUGGGGUUCUUGGCUGCCAUCUGUGCUGUAGCACUGGCUUCUAUUUGUGCCACAGCUGUUUCUUAAAGGACUGCUUCUACCCUCUGCCUGCCAGUGCCCAUUCCACUGUGAGGUGUCAUUCCCCGCAUCCAGUGACAGGUAUGUGGACUGCCUGCCGCAAAGCUUUGACUCAGCAGAGGAGACUGUGGGAGAAUCAUUACGGUGGAUCCAGAAGUACAGGUGACUCACACCGUGGCUUUUUUAAGUGUACCAGUUGUUGUGGCAGCAGGUGAGCACAUUAAGAGCAAAGCUGUAAAACUGGAAGGCUUCCCUUUGCCUCCUCGACUCCAAAGCUUUUCCUCAAGCAGCUGGUGCACAAUGGAACAUUUUUUUCACUUCUACAUUUUGUACAUGAUUGCAGCCCUCCACACUCCCAGAGAAUGUCAACACAGGAACUUGUAUUGAGGGUGGGGAGUGGAAUUUCAUGAGCCAUUUCAUUGGUGGUAAAGAGGCAUAGCAACAUACUUUUUUUCAUAUUAAACUGUGCAUUUUGGAAGCGUGUAGCCAUAGAAUAUACACACACACGUUAACACACUAUCUGGGGUGGGGACAGUAAGACUUUUAUGAAUAUUAGGUAAAGCCAUGAGAUCAAACCUUUUACCAAUGAGAUACAAUCACCUGGUUUCUAACUAAUCCUGAAUGUUCUCUAGACAUGAGCCUAUCUGAAAAUGAGUUCAACACUGCACAUAAUGACUGGAUUGUUCUCUCCUGUAGAUGGGGUGGGGCCAGAAAGCCAGAGCCACAGUCUUUCCAUCUGCCGCUUCCUGUGUGCUCCAGGGAGUUUCAUAUAGGAAUUUAAAUGCUUUGCUAAUCUAAUUGGUUUGGGAUAGUUUUGUGGGCAGUUUCCUUUUCUGGUCGCCAAAAUGGGUAACUAUUCUCUAAUUACUGCAAGAGUCAAGAUCAAAAGUUUGCUCAACAUCGAACACUACAUAUCUCAAAAUUAAUUUGACCUUUAUUUAAUGUUGCCAACUUAAUUUUCUGCAUUUGUGUCAGAAAUGUUUCAUUUACAAAUUUGGGGGCUAAUUGUAUAAUUUGCUUUGAGGAGUAAACUUAAUACAAUUUUUUAUUGUUUAAAGCUGCAUUCAAUGUCAAAAUUACCUUGGGUAACUUUGGAUAACUUAAAUGUGUGGACAAAGCUAACUGUGGUUUUUAUUUUUUUUUAAAAGAUGACCGCUAAGGGGAUCUUAACACUUGACUUGGUGUUGUCAGCACCACACUCUUCCAAGUGAGCGAACCGGCCAUCCCUAUAGAGAUCCGAACCCGUGGCCUUGGUGUUAUCAGCAGCACACUCUCCCGAGUGAGCCACGGGCCGGUCCCUAAUUGUGGUUUUUAAACAGCACCUCGCCUGAACAUAACUUUAAAGAAAUUAAUAUAUUGAAAAAACGUUAUUUGAACCCUUAUCUGAUUAUUUUAAUUGCACCAUUAAAACACUUGACUUAAUUUCUCCAUUCCAGUUAGUGUACUGUUCUAAUUUCUCAUUGUGUGGGCCCAUUUGCCUGUCAGAGUCCGCAUGUCUUGUUCACUGGUCUUUAUAUUUUUUGUGCAAUAACUAAAGGUAAAGGACUAGAUUCACUACUGUGUAAAGAGAUCACACCCAAUUGUACCCUAUUGCACUUCAUCAAUUAGAAUGUGGGGAUUUACAAUAGCUUGCAUUGUUUCACAAAAUAAAUCUCAUGUCAAAUACCAGAUAA